CCUUCUUCUCCAAGUUGAGCACAUACCUCUUGCUUGCAUGCUCCUAGUUUCCAAGCAUCAUGGAUGACGCAUCGAUUGAUUGGUGCAACCCAUCUCACCACACCAUAUAUACAUGCCAUUCCCUCUGAUCCUGAUCCACAAAAGCACCCAAAGAAACACAAGCUAAAGUAAUCUCAGCUUUCGUACACAAAUCUAGCAGCAGAUAAUGGCCGGCGGAGAUGACUUGAAGCUGCUCGGCGCAUGGGCAAGCCCAUUCGUCACCAGAGUGAAGCUUGCCCUCGCCUUUAAAGGCCUGAGCUUUGACGAUGUGGAGGAGGACCUCGGCAACAAGAGUGAGCUCCUCCUCUCGUCCAACCAAGUGCACAAGAAGGUGCCCGUCCUCAUCCACAACGGCAAGUCUAUCUGUGAGUCGCUCGUUAUCUUGCAGUACAUCGACGAGGCGUUCUCCGGCACCGGCCCCUCCCUCCUCCCCGCCGAACCUCACGACCGCGCGGUCGCCCGCUUCUGGGCCGCCUACAUUGACGACAAGCUCGUGGCUCCGUGGGUGCAGUCGAUGAGGGGAAAGACAGAGGAGGACAAGGCCGAGGGGAUUAAGCAGACGUUCGUGGCGGUGGAGACGCUGGAGGGAGCCCUUAGGGACGGCUCCAAAGGGGAGGGAUUAUUCUUCGGCGGGGACAGCGUGGGGCUCGUCGAUGUCGCACUAGGGAGCCUGCUGUCGUGGCUCAAGGCGACCGACGUGACAUCUGGUGCUAAAAUCUUUGACCCCGUCAAGACGCCGCUCCUGGCCGCUUGGAUGGAACACUUCAGCGAGCUUGAUGUGGCCAAGGCAGCCUUGCCGGAUGUCGACAGGGUGGUCGAGUUCGCCAAGAAGAGGGCACAGGCUGCCGCGGCCGCUGCAGCUGCAGCUUUGGAGAACUAGCACGGAGAAUAAUAUCUAUUAGUAACCGAUCAUGGUGGUAUCGGAAGCACCCCUACUCCUCUGGUCUGUCCACCUUACCUUCUGGCGCAACGCUCCGGUCAUCAUACGACUAGAACGCAACGAGGCACUGGCGGAGCUUUGUUGAGGUCAAACUGGACCAUGGCCCGUCCAGGUUUUUUGAAAAUAACAAAUUGCUACCGGUAGUCACAGGCCCAGCCCAGAACCAACCCCCUUCACGGCUUCACCCGAUGCCAGCCUGCCUCCUGGUCGCCACUCGCCCGUCGAGCCAGCAGCCAGGGGCUCGCCGCUGCCUCGUGACGACGACGGACCAGCAACGCGACGGACUGAAGCUAGGCAUGGCCGCCCCGCACGCCGCCGCUCGCCCCCUGCCCUGCGAUGCGCCCGGGCGCUGCCUCGCCGCGCCCGCAGGCCUGCUCCGCCAGUGCUCGGCUCGCCCGCAGCCCUGCUCUGCCGUGCGCGCCGCCGCGGCUCACCCGCGCCCACUGCUCCUCCUCUUCACCAAUUUCUCUAUCCAGAUAAUUUUUUUCUUUCAUUUUCUAAUUCCUAAUUUGCAAUUUGUCAAUUUCAUAGCACGGCACCGAUUGCGAUUUGUCAGGGUGAAGUGGUACGACUUUGAACAAAAUUUUGUGUUUUCUUUUAGCCUGUCCCGUCCAUAAAUUUUAUUGUAGCUCCGUCGCUGAUACGAAAGGCACCGAGAAAAAGCUUCACGUUGAUCAACAUCAUCCCAA